CGAGGAGGAGAUAUCGUUCAUCCUAAGUGGACUUUGUGAGUCAUACAGCUACCAAAACGGCCGCAGAUGAAAGUCUUCAGAGAAAUGUUCUUCUUCCUGUGAUGUCAAGUCUCCCAACAUCAGCGCCAUGCCGGGACUCAUCAACAAGGAGAACCGCCGCCCUCUACCCCUCAGCGCCUCUGAUAUCACUUCCUGUGUCAGAGGUUACACUCAGGCCAUGACAGCUUCCAUGGCGUAUGAAAACAUCGAGGAUCACGCCAUCGAAGGGAUUUUCAUCUAUCCGCUGGAGGAAAAAGCCAUCGUCGUGGGCUUUGAGGCGAUGAUUUCCAGCCAGAUCAUCACGCUGCAAAUCAAGGACAAGGCCAAGAUUGACGACUGUUACAACAACCCGUGCAGUGUGCCAAAUGGAGCGCCCCCUGGCGGUGUUGGCCACAUAGUCCUGGAUGAGGAUUUGGAGAGGACAGUUCUUGUAGUCAACCUGGGCAUCAUACCUCCCUUGGAGACGGUCCACAUUCUGGUCAGUACCUCCUGUGAGCUAUUUACUCUGCCCAGCGGAGGCAUCACCGUGUCCACGCCGCCAGUGUGCACACCCCGCGUACAGAGGAGCAUCAACGAGGAGCAAGGAUUGUCCCCAAACUUCUCCAGACUGCGGGAAAGACAUCCACCCAGCCCACAGGAUCCAGCUGCCGGUUCUGAUCACUUUUGUUUGGCUGCUCUGCUGGAGGAGGAGGCCAUCAACUCCAUGGAUUACCAGUUUAACUUCCAGCUGGAGAUACGAGCCCCCUAUCUUCUUGCAGGUGUGGAGAGCCCGUCUCACGCCAUCCGAGCCGACGCCGACCCCCUUGCCCGCUCGGCCACUUGUGUGGUCAUCACACUAGCAGACAAGUACACUUAUGACUGUCCAGUGAAGAUUCUCAUCUACCCUAGCGAACCUCACGUGCCUCAUGUGCUCAUGGAGAGCGGAGACAUGACGACGGAUGAGUAUGAUGAGUUCCUCCGCGGCCGAAGUGACUUCAUCAAGGCCACCAGGAAAGACUUCAGCGACGAGAGGAAGGUGGAGGUCAUCCACAGGCGGCUGCACAAGGACCUCCUCCACAACCCUGUGGUAAUGCUCAACUUGUGUCCCAACCUCAAACCCGUCAGCUCCGACCUGAGGAAGGUGCACGGCGAGUUCAUUUUUCUUAUUGACCGCAGCGGCAGCAUGAGCGGUGUCAACAUCGACCAUGUCAAGGAUGCCAUGGUGGUGAUCCUCAAGAGUCUCGUACCAGGCUGCCUGUUCAACAUCGUCAGCUUCGGCUCCACCUUCAAAUCGCUUUUCUCAGUCAGCCAGAACUACGAGGAGGAGGCCCUGGCAUUGGCUUGCGAGUACAUUCAUAAAAUCCGAGCCGACAUGGGGGGUACAAACAUCCUGGCGCCGUUAAAAUGGAUUCUGAGGCAGCCCAUGUUCAGCGGACACCCCCGUCUGCUCUUCCUGUUGACGGACGGGGCGGUGAGCGACACGGGCAAGGUGAUCGAGUUGGUGCGCAGCCACGCACGCUACAUCAGAUGCUUCACAUUCGGCAUUGGGCAGAGCACUUGCAGGAGGAUGGUGCAGCAACUGGCCACCGUGUCCAAAGGAACAGCCGAGUUCCUGGCCCAAGGCGAGAGGCUCCAACCGAGAAUGAUAAAGUCCCUGAAGAAGACCAUGUGCCCGGUCCUCAGUGACAUCUCCAUUGAGUGGCUCUUUCCCGAGACUAAGGAAGUCUUGCUCUCCCCGGUGGGCAACACCUUCCUGUACCCAGGCGACAGUCUGAUCGGGUACGCCGUGGUAUGCGACGCCACGCGCUAUCACGCCAACCCCAAAUCCGACAAAAGACGCCGAUACAGCAUGAUGCACUCCGUGGGCUCAGGGAGCUCCGUCUUUUAUCAUUCCCAAGACGAAGACCUGCUCAGGACCCCUGCUGACUCUGCUCAGGUAGCCUUCAAAGAAACACCACAAAGCGCUCACCUCAACUCCAAUCAGGACGCCAUAAUGGACGCCAGCUUUGUCACUACGGACCACGAUGAUGGCCUGGAGGCUCAAGUGAGAAGGCGAGCUUACAGCGCCAACCAGAUAGCCGACAACCUCCCAGCUAAGAAGUACACCUCCAGUGAUCCCAGCUCUGUCAUGCCUAAGAAUCCUCUGAGGAGAGCCAAAGUCCAGGAGCUACUCAGCCAUGUGAGUCCGGAACACGAGUCCCACUGGAGGAGAGACUACCAGCCUCAACUGGCCAGUCUGUGUGCCGCAUCAUCCGGAGAACGUCAAGUCCUGCAGCCUCCUCUGGUGGAGACUGGUUUGGAUGCUCCAGAAAGCCCAAAACAUACCCCGGCCCGCAACACGACAGGAGAAGACGGGUCCAGAUCUUCCACAGACAGUCCGUCUAUCGGUAGCGUGGGCGAUACAGAAGGAUAUGGCCACCAGAUGUGUCAGGCUGAAACACCGCAAGAGAUCCACAGCGCCGAUGCGGUAGCCCGGCGGGGAGGCGAGUGCAAGGCAGUGGUGUCGGGCGUCCUCAGUGGGAAGGCCGUCCGUUGGGAGGUGCUCUUUGACGUGGAGCCCUUCCUGAAGGGACGGGAACGCGAGGAGAAGGUCCAUGAGGAGCUGUGGAACGAGACCUUCCACCAUCUGGCCAGCCGCUCCAUCAUUCACGACUUUGAGCACAUGGCCGACAGGGAGAGUGACAUUGAACACGGUUGUGGCAGGAAGUACCAAAUGUACGCCAUCCACACGAGCAAAGCCUGCAACAUCCUGAGCAAAUACACGGCCUUCAUCCCCGUUGACCUGGACACAAAUGAAUAUCUGCACACCUGCAUUGAAUACUUCAACCCUGACCACGGCUUUAAAAGAGGCUCACGGUCCAGUUCGGGAAGCAGCAAAAACCGAGCUUACUCCGUCGGACUCGGCCGCUCUCAGUCUGGUGGCGUGUCGGAGGAUGCGGAAGACGCUCUGACGCACAACAGUGUGGACGAUGGCGUCUCUCCCUGCAGCACUCCAUCCUCGUCCAGCUGGGAGAAAUGUCGUUUCACAGAAGUGGCCCAAAGGAGUCCAUCAGUGACGUCAGACCAGUCUCAGAAAUCGGUGGAGAGCCUUUUUUCUGCCAGGUUGGCGUUCAGCAGGACUCGCCUCCUGACGAGGGCCGCCAAAGAAUUCAUGAGCCGAUCCCACAGCAAGUCAGCCGACUCCAUGGGGGAGAGCGACAACGAGAACAAGGACUACAUUCCUCUAGUGUUGCUGCAGCUGGCGUGUGGCGCUUUCCCACUGGACACCACGCUGUGCGACGCCAUCAACGUGCCCAUGGAUAAACUCAAAUGGCGGUCCCCCUUCAGCAGCCACCGAAAUAGCCUGGGACACCCAUCUCACCUGGGCGGCCGCCGUGUUGAAAGCACCGAAGACAACCUACCGCAUCCGUGUGACCCACAAACAUGUGCAGGAACCCCUCCACCCUCCACCAGGUCCCAGGUGGACGGCAGCCCGUGCGCUUCGGAGGCCCCCAACAAGGGGAUGCUUGACACGGAGAGCCUGGUGUGGGCGACGGCGGUGGCUCUGGCCUGGCUGGAGCACAGCUCCGCCAGCUACUUCAUCGAGUGGGAGCUAGUGGCCGCUAAGGCUAGCAUGUGGCUUAGCAGCCAGGACAUUCCAGAAGGUCGAGACGUGGCGUCGGUCAAGGCGGCCGCCAACCAGCUCUUCAUCAUCCUCAGACACUGGGACGACAACCUGCAGCUCAACAUGCUGUGCUACAACCCCAGCAGUGUGUGACCACGCCGGUGUAUAGCGCACUAUGCUAACGAAACGUUUACAUGCACUGCUUAGGGCCACUAAGACCGUUAAUUAAGCUCUGUUUACUUUCUUUCAGUGUACUUAUUACCUUUUACUGCACACUAACCACCCCAACAUAUGUAGCUUUGUACAUUUAGCAUGUUUUGUCCACUUGUUCCAUGCACUCUUGUGGUGCAAUAACACAUACAAGCAACAACAUUGUCAAAUGAUACUGUAGGAAUGCAUGCAGUUGGCGACGUCACUUUGGAAAGUUGAAGGCCCGUUAUUCUAGUAUUUUUCAUCAAUUUUAAAUAAGCGUCACAGGUCCAAAAAUACUUUAAUGUGUUUUCCGUGGAAUUUAGACAAUAUAAAAGUGCUUUUAGUAAUCCCCCGUUAAUGCUAAUGAGCUGUCCAACGUGAGAGACGCCAUGUACAUAAAACAACGUAACAUUAAGAAGUGGAACAGGAUUAGUUAAACAUUACAUUUGAGCUACACUGCUAACAUUAAUGAUGAAACUUUCAGCUCCCACAUCUGUAAUGACUGACAAAUAGUUGGGCGAGCUCCAGGCUGCAGCCUGCCGCCUCACAAAGCUGUCCUCCGUCGGGAUUAAAGAAUUCUAAAAUGUCAGGAUAUGAAAAAUAUGUAUCAUAUUGGAACUAAUUUUGGUCCUGAGUA